AUCUAUUCACUUCCGCCACCAAAACUUUCUCUUCAAAUUUAUCUUACUUUCUUGCAAACCAAACACGAUUUAUUCAUCUUCAAAUCGUCCUAGCAAUGGCUCGUACCAAGCAAACAGCUAGAAAAUCAACCGGCGGAAAAGCCCCAAGGAAGCAGCUUGCCACAAAAGCCGCUCGGAAGUCGGCUCCGGCAACCGGCGGAGUUAAGAAGCCUCAUCGUUUCAGGCCAGGAACCGUGGCUUUGAGAGAAAUCCGUAAGUAUCAGAAGAGUACGGAAUUGUUGAUCAGGAAGCUUCCUUUCCAGAGGCUGGUGAGGGAAAUCGCUCAAGAUUUCAAGACCGAUUUGAGGUUCCAAAGCAGCGCCGUUGCUGCUCUUCAAGAAGCGGCUGAAGCUUAUCUCGUUGGAUUGUUUGAAGACACUAAUCUGUGCGCUAUCCAUGCUAAAAGGGUUACAAUCAUGCCCAAGGAUAUCCAGCUUGCUAGGAGGAUCAGAGGAGAAAGAGCUUAGAUUACCUGUAUCUAGUGUAUUAAUUAUGGAAUUAAGGGAAAUCUAGGGUUUCUUUCCGUGUCGUGUAAUUUGCUUUCUGUGCAAAAUUUGGAUGUAAGGUGGAAUUAUAAUGAAGGUCCUAUGUUUUUGUUGGU